AUGUUCAGCUGGAUGGGGCGACAGGCGGGCGGGAGGGAGCGUCUCGGCGGGGCGGACCCGGUGCAGACGGUGACGGGCGGCCUGCGCUCGCUCUACCUGCGCAAGGUGCUGCCGCUGGAGGAGGCGUAUCGCUUCCAUGAGUUCCACUCGCCGGCGCUGGAGGACGCCGACUUCGACAACAAGCCCAUGGUGCUGCUGGUGGGCCAGUACAGCACGGGCAAGACCACCUUCAUCCGGUACUUACUGGAGCAGGAUUUUCCAGGUAUGAGGAUUGGUCCAGAGCCCACAACAGAUUCUUUUAUUGCUGUAAUGUAUGGAGAAACUGAAGGCAGUACCCCUGGAAAUGCUUUAGUUGUGGACCCCAAAAAGCCAUUCAGAAAACUUAGUCGCUUUGGAAAUGCAUUCCUGAACCGGUUCAUGUGCUCCCAGCUACCUAACCAAGUUCUGAAGAGCAUAAGCAUCAUUGACAGCCCUGGAAUUCUUUCUGGAGAAAAACAACGUAUCAGCAGAGGUUAUGACUUCUGCCAGGUCCUACAGUGGUUUGCUGAGCGGGUUGACAGAAUCAUCCUUCUCUUCGAUGCUCACAAACUUGAUAUCUCUGAUGAAUUCUCAGAAGCCAUCAAAGCCUUCCGGGGCCAAGAUGAUAAGAUCCGUGUUGUGUUGAACAAGGCUGACCAAGUGGACACUCAGCAGCUUAUGAGAGUCUACGGUGCACUCAUGUGGUCUCUGGGAAAGGUGAUCAACACUCCAGAAGUGCUUCGAGUCUAUAUUGGCUCUUUCUGGGCUCAGCCCCUUCAGAAUACUGACAACCGAAGACUCUUUGAGGUGGAAGCCCAGGAUCUCUUCAGAGAUAUCCAAAGUCUUCCUCAGAAGGCAGCUGUGCGCAAACUCAAUGACCUCAUCAAAAGAGCAAGGCUAGCCAAGGUACAUGCUUACAUCAUCAGCUACCUGAAGAAGGAGAUGCCGGCAGUAUUUGGAAAGGAAAAUAAGAAGAGAGAGCUCAUCAGUAGGUUACCAGAAAUCUACCUCCAACUACAGCGAGAGUACCAGAUUUCAGCAGGCGAUUUCCCUGAGGUCAAAUUGAUGCAGGAGCAGUUGGAAAACUAUGACUUUACCAAGUUCCACUCCCUGAAGCCAAAACUGAUCGAAGCCGUGGACAACAUGCUGACGAACAAGAUCUCCUCCCUGAUGAACCUCAUCAGCCAAGAAGAACUCAACAUGCCCACACAGCUGGUGCAUGGUGGGGCCUUUGAUGGGACCACUGAGGGGCCCUUCAACCAAGGCUACGGAGAAGGGGCCAAGGAAGGAGCUGAUGAAGAAGAGUGGGUCGUAGCCAAGGAUAAACCAGCCUACGAUGAACUCUUCUACACCCUGUCACCCAUCAAUGGCAAGAUAUCUGGUAUCAAUGCCAAAAAGGAAAUGGUGACCUCCAAGCUGCCCAACAGCGUCUUGGGCAAGAUCUGGAAACUCGCAGACUGCGACAACGAUGGCAUGUUGGACGAGGAAGAAUUUGCGUUGGCCAAACAUCUCAUCAAAAUUAAAUUGGAUGGUUAUGAAUUGCCCAGCAGCUUACCCCCUCACCUAGUACCCCCCUCCCACCGGAAAUCUCUGUCAAAUAUAGAUUAAGAGACAAGAAGCAAGAUGAGGCCAUGUAGCAGAAAGAUCUCUGGACUUGGAAUCUGGAGAUCUAGGAUCUAGUCCUCAAUUUGCCACUUUUUCAAUGUGUGACUUUGAGCAAGUUACUUCAUUUUUCUGGGCUUCAGUUUCCUUAUCUUUAAAAUAAGGAGGAUGAACUAGAUGGCCUUUUCAGUUUACUUCCAGCUCUAGAAUUCAAAGGGUUCUCUUCUAGGUCAGGGGUUUGGGGGAAAGAAUGAGAGGGAGUAAAAUUGUCCAGCGAGUUAUUCAGAAGCCUCGAGGAAGGAACCACGAUAUGAAAUCGGGCUUUGUGUUAACUCAACUCCACAUCGCUUUCUACUUGAACCACCAAAAACACCAUCUGCAGCAGGCCUUCUGCACAUGCGCAGGUCUGUUUAGCAUCAAUCAGUGACUUCUGUAGCUGCUUUUACCCUUCACAGGUCACAGCGGGGAGAGAGGGGGGGAUGGUCUUAUUUAUUUGGCUUCUGCCAUCUUUGGGAAGAGACCAGGGAUUGACUCCACAAUUGCCACACUGCCUACUAACUAGAAGAAAACAACUUCUUGAACCCUCAAAACCUAGAUUUGAAAAUGAGAAGUUUUCUUCAUUCUGUGUACCCAUAUCCCUGCUCUAGGCCUAAAGGGCCUGAGCGCUCACCCUUGCCCAAGUCGGCGCAGUCUGAACCAGCAGACCCUAAAGUUGAUUGAGACCAUUUCUCCCUCUCCACCAAACCUGUACUUGGUUAGGAAACUAAGGGGAACAUUUCUCUAACCGUAAGCAAGAAUACUAGCAUAGAUUUGUAGUCAACAGCUAGUUACUUCCAUAAGGAAUACUUACAGACCAGUGACAGUUUAAACUGCACCUGCCACCAUUGUGUGACAGCAGUCUGUCUUCAUUAGAUGACCGUCAGUGAAAGGGAUUAUGUUCCGUAAUGUCAUAAUGACAUUAUAUCAUGUUGUAAUAACUUAGAAGAUCCAAGUUCCCACAUCAUCGCAGCUGGUUACAAUUACUGUUUUCUAAAAAUCAGGGAUUUUUAUUAAUUCCAACAAAAAGGAGGGGGUGGGGAAUAAAAGUCUUGUUUCAAAGACAGUUCACUAACCACUCUCUUUAAAAAGUCGGGCAUUGUGUAUAACAGCGCCUUAAUUCAGAUGGGAUUUGCAUUUUUAUGUUUGCAUUUAACCAAAACUUGACUCUUUGUCCCCCUCUAAUGUUCCUUGUAGUCCUGUUCUCUCUGGACCUUUUGUCCAAACUCUUGUUUCAGGAGGGUAGUAGUUAGACCUCUGCAUGGGGACCACCAUGGAGAAAUUGCCAGGAUGAUUUUUUAAAAUUAGAUGAAAACAUCAAAGGGUGAGGUCUAUCUAGCCAAAGCCCCAACAGUCAUAGGAUGUCAAUGAAAUUAUAACAGUUCCCUAUGGCUCUUCCAGAAAAGCCAAUGGGUCGCCUAUUUGUCCCUUUGUCUUCUGAGGUACCAAAGCAAGAAAUGUUAAAUUCAAAGGAAUUGCUGUUCCUGUUUGAAAAGGGUUUGUGGUUUUUUGUUUUUAAUCUCAAUCCCCAUACUCUAGUUUAACUUUUUAAAUUAUGUUUAUUUUAAAGGAAAUUAAAAGUCUAACAAUGCAAAUUGUUUCCACUAAUGAACUUCUGAAAUACAAUUUAGUCAGCAUUUACAAUCCCUGUACUAAAAUCAGAGUAAAGAGUAUUUUCCUGCCA